AGCUUAGAUUCAAAUAUACUUAGAGCAGAAUGCAUUUAUUUUGGAGACAUAAUUAUUUAAUUAAUGGAAAAGGUAUAAACGGGUUAGCAAAUAUAAUUCCAUUCCCACCUCUCUUUCUCUCUCAAUUUCUUCCUUUCUCCCCAAGAAAGUUGAACCUCGCUCUUGUUCUAUAUAAGAAGCAUCAUCUAUCCAGUUGUCCUCUUUCUCAUUUGGUAGUUUUCAUUUUCAUUUUCCAUUAUUAGAAGAGAUAGACGUAAUAUUAGAAGAGAGAUGGAAGUAGGGUUUGCAGGUCCAUCGAUGAGCAAGGAAGAAGAUGAUGAGUUAGUAGUUGAGCUGCCUCCUGGGUUCAGAUUCCAUCCCACUGAUGAAGAGAUCAUCAUGCACUACCUCUUGCAUAAGGUCCUCGACCGCCGCUUCGUCGCCAAGGCCAUCGGAGAAGCCGAUCUUAAUAAGUGUGAACCAUGGGAUUUACCAAAGAAAGCUAAAAUGGGAGAGAAAGAAUGGUUCUUCUUCUGCCAGCGAGACCGGAAGUAUCCGACCGGAAUGAGGACGAACCGGGCGACGGAGUCGGGCUACUGGAAGGCGACCGGCAAAGACAAGGAGAUUCACAGAGGCACAAACUCAAACUGCCUUGUGGGAAUGAAGAAAACCCUCGUCUUCUACAAAGGAAGAGCCCCCAAAGGGGACAAGACCAAUUGGGUUAUGCAUGAGUUUCGCCUCGAGGGCACCUUCUCCACCUACAACCUCUCUAGACCACCAAAGGAGGAGUUUGUGGUGUGCCGCGUGUUCCACAAGAACAGCGGCAUCAGAAGAACCCCCGGGGUCGAGCUAUCGAGGCUCGACCCCUUGCUGCCGAUGCCGCCGUUGACGGACUACAAUGAUGAGAGGGUAUUUUGGCCCCAAAAUGCCCUUUAUCUUCCAAAAAUGGAGCACUUUUCGUCUGUGUCACAAGAUACUGGGCUGAGCACCGAAAACGUGGCGAAUCAUGAGAUAACUUCCAAGAAUAUGAAUAUGAAUACGAAUGCAUUUGAUGAUGCUGAGCUUCAGGGUCUUGCUUUCAGCCCCAACAUCUCAGAUUUGGAUACUCUGUGGAGCUACUGAUGCCUUAAAUUACUUCAUUACCCUUUCCGCGCCCGUGUUUUAGUCAUGCAAGAAGGGGCACAAUCUCCGCUCUGUACAUACUACUAAUUUUAAUGCUAGCUAGGAAUUCAUCUUAAUUCCUUUUUAUUUUGAUUAAUACUCUCCUAUAUAUAUAGGUACGUACGUAGCUUUGCUGAUUAUUAUUGGCUAACAAAUUGUGGGUUGUGUUUGCGUAUCAUCAUUCAAUUCUUUCAUUU